CUUGUGCGCCUCUGCCUCCCUGGUCCAGGCCAGAAUCACAUGCCCCGUGGGCUCCGUCUUAGUCCCAGCAAGUCCCCGCCCGCUGUCCGGCUCAAAACUUUCCCAGCUUCUUCUUUGGCUCAAACUUGUCCCACAGCGGUAGGGUGGGAAGGAGCCUUGGUCCCCGGCGGGACCCAGCUCGCAGUGCGUCCCUCGCGCCGCGAGCUUGGGCUUCCCUGGCUCCCAAGGCAGUCUGGUGCCCCUCGUCCCCUGCCCGCAGAGUUUGGGAUCAGGGUGGACUCCUGGGGGCAUCAGGCAAGUUUUGGUUUGCUGUGCUUUGUCUUUUUAAGGGAGUGUAGGGAGAGAGAAGGGAAGUUUGAGGAUGGUGAGGGCAAGGGGCGCUUGGGCAUCCCCUCUCGUGGUCGUCCUCUGGAUACUGAGCCUGACUUUCAUCGGGGAAGGGGCCCAGGGGCGAACCCUCGAAGAUCAGGAUUAUUACAUUCAAGAGAUCCUGAAUCGGGGUCAUUACUAUGCCUUCCCGGAACCCGAGGAGGAGACUGCCACAGAAGAGCCCAGAGAGGAAAUGGAGGAACGGGGGCGCCCAGAAGAGAAGAGGCAGCCCCCUAAAUUCAAGCCAGCCAAAAAAGAGCUAAAACCGAAGAAAACAAAGAAAGAAAAACUGAUGCUGGAAACACCUCCAGGCAAAAAUGGCAAUAAGAAAAGUGAAAAGAACAGAAGUCAUGACAAAGUUUCAAAUGGAGACAACGAAUCCCAAAUUGUAUCUGAAGAUGUCAGAGAAAGUUGUCCUCCUCUGGGUUUGGAGACAUUAAAAAUCACGGACUUUCAGCUGCAUGCCUCAACAGUUAAGCGAUAUGGCCUGGGGGCUCACAGAGGCAGGCUCAACAUCCAGGCAGGUAUUAAUGAAAAUGACUUUUAUGAUGGAGCUUGGUGUGCAGGAAGAAAUGACCUUCACCAGUGGAUUGAAGUUGAUGCCAGGAGGUUGACAAAGUUCACAGGUGUCAUCACUCAAGGAAGGAAUUCACUGUGGUUGAGUGAUUGGGUGACUUCUUACAAGGUAAUGGUAAGCAAUGACAGCCAUACCUGGAUCACUGUUAAGAAUGGAUCAGGAGAUGUGAUAUUUGAAGGAAACAGUGAAAAAGAAAUCCCAGUCCUCAAUGAACUUCCAGUUCCAGUGGUGGCCCGUUAUAUCCGCAUAAACCCUCGGUCAUGGUUUGAUAAUGGGAGUAUCUGCUUAAGGCUAGAAAUUCUAGGCUGUCCAUUACCUGAUCCCAAUAACUACUAUCAUAGAAGGAAUGAAAUGACAACUACAGAUGACCUGGAUUUUAAGCAUCACAACUACAAAGAAAUGAGGCAGUUGAUGAAGAUUGUGAAUGAAAUGUGUCCAAACAUCACAAGGAUUUACAAUAUUGGCAAAAGUCACCAAGGACUAAAGUUAUAUGCUGUGGAAAUCUCUGACAACCCAGGAGAACACGAAGUUGGUGAACCAGAAUUCCGCUAUAUAGCAGGGGCACAUGGGAAUGAGGUGCUUGGACGAGAGCUCAUGCUUUUGUUGAUGCAGUUUCUGUGCCAAGAAUACAGGGCUGGGAACACACGGAUCGUCCGACUCAUUGAAGACACCCGGAUUCAUCUUCUUCCUUCUGCCAAUCCAGACGGUUAUGAGAAGGCUUAUGAAGUGGGCUCUGAAUUGGGAGGAUGGUCUCUGGGACGUUGGACCCAUGAUGGUAUUGAUAUCAACAACAAUUUUCCAGAUUUAAAUACUCUGCUUUGGGAAGCUGAGGAUCGUCGAAAUUUUGCAAGAAAGGUCCCCAAUCACUACAUUCCAAUACCUGAAUGGUUUCUAUCUGAAAAUGCCACGGUGGCAGUUGAGACAAGAGCAAUAAUAGCCUGGAUGGAAAAAAUUCCAUUUGUGCUGGGAGGAAAUUUACAAGGAGGAGAAUUGGUGGUGGCAUAUCCCUAUGAUAUGGUCCGAUCAUUAUGGAAGACUCAGGAGCAGACACCUACCCCUGAUGAUCACGUAUUCCGAUGGUUAGCCUAUUCCUAUGCAUCAACCCACCGACUCAUGACAGAUGCCCGGAGAAGAGUCUGCCACACUGAAGAUUUUCAGAAAGAGGAUGGGACUGUGAAUGGAGCUUCUUGGCAUACUGUUGCUGGAAGUCUGAAUGACUUUAGUUACCUUCACACAAAUUGUUUUGAGCUGUCAAUAUAUGUGGGCUGUGAUAAAUAUCCGCAUGAAAGUGACUUACCCGAAGAAUGGGAGAAUAAUCGUGAAUCUUUGAUAGUAUUUAUGGAACAGGUACAUCGUGGUAUCAAAGGCAUAGUAAGAGAUACACAUGGUAAAGGAAUUCCAAAUGCUAUCAUUUCUGUGGAAGGUGUCAACCAUGAUAUUCGAACAGCCAACGAUGGGGAUUAUUGGCGUCUCCUAAAUCCUGGAGAAUAUGUAGUCACUGCCAGGGCAGAAGGCUUUACCUCUUCAACAAAGAACUGUGCUGUGGGUUAUGACAUGGGAGCCACUCGGUGUGACUUUACAAUCAGCAAGACCAACCUUGCAAGGAUUAAAGAAAUCAUGGAGAAAUUUGGAAAGCAGCCAAUCAGCCUACCAGUCAGGCGCUUGAAGCUGAGAGCCAGGCAAAGGCGGCAGCGGAGAUAAUACCCCAACAGAUGGGUUUAUAAGUCCUGUUUAAAUCAAAAACCAAUUGUAUUAGUAGCUACAUAGCCAACAUGCUCAUUGUUACUGUUAUUAUUUUUAAUUCAAGAAAUGUCAAUUAAUAUGGAUAUAUUGCAAGGAAAGUCUCAAGAGACAGAGCUCAAGGCUCAGAAUAUUUCCCAUUUUCUGAUCUUUAUAUGAAUUGUUUAGGUUGAAUGUAGCAAGGUAAUAUGAGUGGAUAGAAGUGGGCAGAUUGGCUUCAGCGUAUCAGACAGAGAAGUUAGUUUUAAGGUUCCUGCCCUAAGUGCAGGCAAGGAUGUAGAAGGGGAAGAAAAAAUAUUUGCUUAAGUGACAUCAAGAAUUCCAUGGUGCACGAUUAAAAGAUUAGAUGGGGGACCUCCAAGUUCAUUUGGCCAGUCUCCUCUUUUUACCAAAGAGGAAAUGAAGCCCAGGAAGCUUGAGCAAUUUACCCAAGGUCACACAGUAGUAAAUAGCAAUAGAUACCAGACUCUGAAUUUGGAUUCUCUGACUCCCUUUCCUCUGUUGCACAUUAGCCUUCUGAGUGACAUCUGCCUCACAAUGCUAUCCCUGACUUAGUUAUUAUUACUGUUGCUACUUAAGAUGCUGGUAGAUAUCCUAAGAGAAAGAAUCUCAUUAGUUGUUUGUUUGUUUGUUUUUACAUUCCAAGCCACAUCAAAUAAAUCCUAUGUUUUAUAAACAAUAGUAAAUGUACCCUGAACUAUGUGAGAUUUAAAAUGGUUGAGGUCUUAAACUGUAGUGAUUAAAAUAGUGGAAGAUUUAAAUUGUGAUAGAUAUAAGAGAGGGUGAGUAAAUUUGACCGCAGAAAUAUGUUUCACUACAGUGUCUUGGGUUUUAAAAUCAAAUAUAAGGUGGUCACCAGGGAAAUAUUCCCAAUUAUUCAAAUACCCAAGUCAAUUGGAUUUUAUAGAGAUUUUAAUUAACAAUACAAUGAGUAAUCAAAGAAAGAGAGAGAGAGAGUGUAAGAAAGGAAUAAGUAUGAAGGGCCUCAAGCCAAUAUGGCCUAGACCUGAGUCUUAAAAGAGAAAUCAGUCAGUUUUUUAACACUCACCACAAGGUCUGACUAAACAAGGAUACCAGUGACACCAGGCCAGCGUUCUUCCUCAAAGAGUCUUCCAGCCAGAGAUUGUUUCAAAGGGCCUCUCUCAAGAGCCUCCAGAGCUCCUACCCCAGAGGGACAGAGCCCCUCAGAGGAGCUCCUCAAGGAGCUCUCCUUCAGAAUGAGAGUUAGAAAUCGAGAUUCCUGAAUGAGAUCCAAGCUCUUAUUUUUAAGGGCAAAAUUUCCUCUGUCACCUCCCCUAAGUCCUUACAUCUACCAAUCACUGUAGAUGUUUCUAAAGGACCGCCCAUUUUGAAUUCACAGCUGAGUAGUUUUAAUCUCUUUAGUAAGUCAGAAAAAAAUGCUGCUGUGUCGACAAAUUUCAUUAAGAAAAAACCUCUGAAAAGUUAUCACCCUUUUAGGUUUUAGUAGUUUACAAGUUGCCCCACCUUUAUAGGUACUUAGUAUCCCAUUGUAUCAAUUCUAAAACAGUCAUGACUCAUAGAACUUCCUGUCCCUUCCAUAAGCAUGGAUCAAAGUACUUUCAUUGUUUAGCAAGCAGUUUUCUGUCCUAAAGCAGUCUUAAGUAGGGUGGAGCAGGGACACUCCCAUAGCUAGGAGCCCCCACACUCAAGUAGAGUUCUCACCAUCUGCUAGGGAAUUUUUUUAAGUAGAAGAUUCCCCAAUGGGGGAAACCCCUAACAUUCAUAAGUCUGAGAAAUUUUGAGGUUUACACUAUGAUGGGAUUUCUUUAAUCAAAGUAAUUUUUUUCCUCAAUGAGAAAGCUCUGAUAUUAAAGGAAAGAAGGGUGUCAAAAUGAGAAGUGUGCUAGAAAUAAUCCUAAAGUAAUGUUCCAGCAAUAAUGUUUCUAAAGAGUGUAUUAUAUUUGUCUUUUUCAGAAGAUUACUCUGCCCCAGCUUUUAGGUCAGUGACCUGGGUAAUACUGUACCCACCCUUCAACACAGGGUCAAUGGCAUAAGCCUUCCUGUAGAAAAGCAGUGCUUUCAAUCAGCUUUUAUUUCUUGGCUUUCUAGGAUUUUUUACAAGAUCUGAAAAGUGAUUUAUAUAGUGACCCAUCACUCCUCAACUACAGUGAUUUCCCUUUAGAGAAAUGCUAGUAGCAAAGUUGACCAAAUAUAAUCCUAGAGAGUUAGGUUUAGUAUAUAAAAGGCAACACCCACCAAAUCAGGCAUGUGCCAAUGAAAUUAAUGAAAAAUUGCCUAGAAAGUCUUCAAUGGAUCCAUUGAAAGUUGAAUGACUAGAUGAGAAAGCCAGUUCUCUUUUCCUAUGAUUUUAAUAAUGCUAAUAAUCUGUUGACCUGGGAAGGCAGAAAAGAAAGGUAAUUAUGAAUUCUCUAUGCUGAUCCUCUUCAAGAGUAUUGCAUCAUGCAUAAAUACCAGAUCACUGUAAUUUCCUUAAUCAAAGGUUGGAGAGAUCAACCUAAUGGGCAAUAAGCUUCCCCCUCUCUUACAAAUAUACACAUAUAGCUUACCUCUCCUCAUGUUAAGGCAAAAUUCUAAAGAUAUGUCCUGACAUCAAUUUGCCUUUCUUCUCAGAUGCGGAAUGACAAAGGCUAAUGGGUUGAGAUAUUGCUUAAUAAUAAUAACCAAUCUUUGUCAUUAAAGGUAGUUUAGUUGAGAACUCUCCCCAACUGAUUUCUAUCAAUGCUUCCGACCCUCUGCAGUAGGACAGUUGCAGUAACAUCGCUGUCUUUAACUAGAGGCUCAUCAGACAAAAACUCAGAAAUGGGUUGUAGCUCUUCAGUUGUCUGAUCAGUUCUCCUAGAUAUUGACCUACUUGUCUUACAUGCUUAUCUACCAACUUCAGCAUCACUUAAAAAUAAAUUGGUGAAGUGCUUACUGUAUUCAGAGCAUUAUAUUAGAUGCUACACAAAAUGUAAAAUUUAGAUCUUUCCCUCCAUAUAGCUCACAUUAUUGUUGUAGUGUUGAGGGGUGUGUUUUGUAUAUGCAGAUAGUUAUAAUACAAAAAGGACCAUAAUAAGUAUUUAACCAAGUGCUGUCCUAGGUGCAAACAGGAGAUUGCCAUUGGUUGAGACAAUCAAGUGAAAUACUUGGUUUCCCAUUUGGCCUUAAAAGAGGGGUAAGAUUUCAAGAACAGACAUGGAAAGAGGAGUACAAAGAGAGAGAAGAAUUCUUUCCAUUGGAAAGGACCAGAGCAAUGCCCUGGAGGUAGAUGGUGCAGUAUAUUUAUAUAGCCAACUUUGUCACUCCUUUUUCAUUGUUCAAAAUGGAAAGUAUACUUGGCCACCCUAAAACUCCUUAUCUUUUCCAUAUGAUUUCUAAAAGAAUGUUUUCUUCAGAUUCCUCAAAAACUAUAAAAAAAACACAACAUAAUUUCAAAAAAUAAGAGAGAGAAGCAAUGACUGUAAUACAUUGUCUGACUUUCUUUUCACAUCAGAGUUCUUCAUUUUAAGAGUCUAUUGUUUGCUUCACCAGAGAUAAGCUUGCAAAUGGUUGACUGAUUUUUCUUCCCACCAUUUAUUCUAGGUAUUUUUCCAGCUAGCUCAGUAAUUUAGGUUAUGUCAUAAAAUGAACUUCAUCCCUUCAUAUUUAUUCUCCCUGUCAAAUACCAAGACUUAAGGAGAAUUUCUCUUAGGGAGACCAUCUUUUGAUGUUGAAAAAUGUUUGAAAAGAGACUUGCAGUAUAAUAUGGCAAAUUAGCCCAGGCAUUUCUCCUUUGGAGAACUGCCUUUCUCCUUUGUGUAUGUGUGAUUAAGCCUCUAAUCGGAGAAAUGCACAAUUCAUUUACUUUGCACACACUGUGGAGGAAAUGGGAUAUGCCUAUUUGACUAGCAAGCAUCAUUAAAGCAGCUUACUUAGGUGUCUUUGUAAAAUCAUCAGUUAAUAUGAGGAUUACUUUUAUUUAAAUUAAUCUGGGUUUAGAGACUAUGGGAUGAGGACAUGGAUAAGGACUGGACCUGUGGAUUCAUUGCUAUAGGGAAUUCCUGCAUGAGGAGCUUUGUCUACUAAUGCAAGUCUACACUUUUCCUGAAGAGUUACAUAAAGCACUGAGAUCUUAAAGGACUUGUCCAAAAUCACAUAAUUAUGUCAGAAGCAGAAUCUGAACCCAUAUUUUCUAGGCUUUUGGGCCAAUUUUCUAUUUCCUAAAACACAGAAUUCUGAUGCAAAAUAUAUUUCAAAUUUAGGGUAGAGUAUUGGGAUCCAGCAACAUAGCUAAAAACUGGAUUGUGUUGGAUAGGUUAGGUUGGAUUGGGUUGGUUUUGAAUGUAGCAAUUUAUCAUAAUAAAUCUUUUACAAAGUAGAUUAAAAGUAUCAUCCCAGAUUAAAGUGGAGAUUUUCAGUUCCACGAGGAGUCAUGUCUAUUUCUAUGUGACCAUAGCCCAAUAAGACUACAUUUUAAAAAAAUAAAAAAUAAUUGGGUAAGUUUGAUUCACUGAGGUUGAUCAUUCUGGCUAACCCAUGUGGUUGUGGUGAUUCUGUAAUCCCAAUGCCACAUUUUCCCCAUUGUCUUCAUGGAUAUUUGUGUCCUUUCUCUAAGUUACUUUUCUCUGCCUUAUAAUGAUGAAAUCUUUACUUCCCUACCCAGAUCCCAGGAUUUCCAGAAAUAAUUAAACAAAAGAAGAAAACAAAACAAAAACUCUAA